AUGCCAUCGCCGCCGUCUUCUACCGCUUCACCGCCGCCAAUUAGCAAGAUGGUCAACACUUCCGGACUGACAUGGGGGGAUGAGUAUUUAGCUCUGAUAGCCGUUUGUACCGUCAUUAUACUCUACCUCAUCGUCUUAAAUUGCAUCAAAUCCAGAUACUUCAACGAAUCAGAUUCCGGCUAUGAGGCAGUCGGAGCAUUGCCGCCGGUGAUUGUACGGAUUGAGGCCUCGGUUUUCUGUUACAGGGAAGCCGACGGAGGUCACGGCGGCGAAUGCGCGAUUUGCCUGGACGGAUUUGAAGAUGGGCAAAAGUGUCGAAUGAUGAAUAAGUGCGGCCAUAUAUUCCACUGCCGCUGCAUUGACCGGUGGCUCAAGGUGGAGUGCCAUUGUCCCCUUUGCCGCAGCUGCGUUUGUGCCGUCGUUCAUCCAUCUUCUUUUUGGAGAAGAUGA